AUGCGUACCCUCAAGAGUGAGGCGAGUGGCGUGUUGGGAAGCGAGUUGUUGUCUGUGUUGAUCCGUCCGGAUGGCAGCCAGACGAAGUUGGAUGAUUGUGUGGCGCAGCUGGUUACGAUACGCACGGGCGACGGAGGCGGCGGCGGCGGGGAGGUGACGGCUUUGGUGUUGGCGCCUAAGAAGGCGUUUCGGGUGGGGCUGGGGUCUGCCAGCGAGCAAGUGCCGUUGACGACGAUGGUGGAGGGCGACUGGUUCGAGCAGUGGGACCGGAUGAUGGUGUGGCGUCCGAAGGAGGGGCCUCCUAGCGACCAGCGCUCGGAAGCGGCGCUGCUGGCCGCGCUGCGGCGCCGUUUGGCGCGCAGCGGACCGCGGAACAAGCCGGAGGCGGUGGAGGCGUUAUGUCGCGAAGUGUUUGGUGAACACUUGCAGGAACUGCACGCCAUCCUGGAGGGGAGUGGCGAGAUGCAGCGUCGGGACGACCUUACCGUGGCCAUGACGCGGCCGAUAGAUCCGUCGGAGUUGACAGAGGUCUUGACACGGGUGCCUAGGGACUGGAUGACGGUGCUGGAAAAGUCGGCAGGGUGGAAGACCGCGGACUGGAAGACAGAGGGCUGGAACGACGGCGGAGACAUGGAGGGCGCACCUGCGAAGCCCCGACGCGAAACGAAGCGCCGCCUGUACACGACCGCGGGCGUUCUGGGGCUAGGCGCGGUUGUCGGCUUCCUUGCGGACUACCUGUUGCGCUCCCCCGAGUCGGCGCAACGACAGGAGACUUCAUGGGGAGAAAACCUCAUGGGUGCAUCCGAGGAGUGGAAGCUGCAAUUGCACCGCCAUCCGGUCACUUGGGCGAUCCCCCCGCCUCUGUCAACCUGUGGCAGCGGCGUCCUGUAC